AUGUCUGCCUACUUCCAGCCUGAGGAGCUGCGUGUUGUCCUCGACCAGCUUGCCAGGGAUCCGUAUGAGGAAGAACUCCACGACAGGCGAUUCCGUGAUACCUACUCCCCAUUCAACCCGGUUCACCAUGGCCAUCGCGACGGCGACCAUGAGGUUCAACUGUCUGAGAUGCCUGUGACUCCUCGCCCGGCAAGUAGGCCCGUUCCAGUGCCAACGAUGGCCUCCGGCCAGCAGUCAAGCACUCCCUACCCCGUGGGCGCCGGCAGUGAUGGCGAAAACCAAGCCCUGGAAACUGAAAACAUCAAACAAAUUGGCCAGAUCGGCAUCUAUGAGCGCAUCAGACACUGGCGUCGAUCGUCCUGCCAGUGGCCUCUUCCCAAUGCUCCCGUAGCAGGAGAAACACGAUAUGCAGCCAGUGUCGAUCAGCUUGAGAUUCUCACUGAGAUUGCCUCAUCUUACAGCGGCUCUACCGACGGCAAUUGUAUUCAUGCAAACGGUGACAUCGAAAUCCACGGCACUUGCGUCAGUCCCGUUCCUCAGCAAACCACACUCAACCCUCCCGUGAAAAAGACCAAGGGAACCAUCAAGGGCGGUAGAACCCAGGGCAAUAUUCCCACUCCUGAAUCGUCCCCAAAGAACGAUGACGAACAUACCCCGGGGAAAUCGAACGAAGGUAAUCAGCAAAUCAAUACUAAGGAAUCCUUCAGCAAGAGACGCCGCAGCGCUCGCAUUGCGGCUCUCACCAAAGCCGGAAAAUAG